AUGAGUUCAAAUACAUUGGUCUGCAAUUCAAUCACACUUAAGGGAUCCGUUGAUAUCAUCACUGAGUUCUUCGAUUAUGGCAUUAAUAGUAUUUUAUAUCAAAGAGGGUUAUAUCCAUCCGAUCGGUUCAUUCAUUCCCAGAAAUAUGGGUUAACUUUAUUGAUGACAAUCGACGAGAAGCUGAAGGAAUACCUGGCGAUAGUGUUGUCACAACUGAAGACAUUUAUGGUGACAAAGAGUGUCCACAAAAUAGUGUUAGUGAUCGUCAAUAUGGAGACGACGGAGACUGUGGAGCGCUGGGAGUUCCUCAUCGAUGUCGACAAAAGUAUCGCCGAUUCCGAGGCCAAGAUUGUGGACCACAAGGAGAUC